CGGCGAUAGGGCGCUCACCCUCCUUCAUCCUAGCGCUAGUCUCCACUUACCCAACGCUAUCCGCCUCCAUGACGAGUCCUGCGCCUUUCCGCUUAGCAUGCUAUUCUUGUCUAUAGAUAGAUCGAUAGACACACACGCUUUCUUUUCAUGAGCAGACAUAUCUCACUGCGACAACGUUCAUUAUAUUCCACGUCUCUCGUUAGACCGCAUAUCUCGUCCUUAAGUCGUUUUGUACUCUUGUCGAUUCUCCACCGGAUCUCCACGACCAACCGCUCUGCGCCAAAAGCAAUUGAUCAAUGGUUUCUCGAGUUUGAUAUCGGCGAGAUCUAUCAUCUGCAUCGUACACUCAUUCCGAGAGGCUCGAUUAGUACAUAGAUACACAAAGGAAUACGCUCCCUCGACCGUGUAGCCAUCGCCAUGGCUGUCAUGGACCAAAUGGGCUUCACCCCGUUCCGCCGGGACGAAAUCCUCCAGCCUCGAGAUUUCAGAACUACAUUCUCCACGUGGGAUAAUUGCAUGGCCAAGACCUACUGCAAAUGGCCCGUCGUCAUCGGCAUUGCCAUUGGCAGCAUCAUCCUGAUUGGUGUCAUCUGGGGUAUAGUCGCCUGCGCCUGCUGCGGCUACACCUGCUGCAAGGGAUGUUGUGCAUGCUGUAGCUGCUGCUGCCCUUCCAGAGACAAGUCUCACAACCGCACCAAGUUCGCCGAUGAGCCCUCCGCCUACAAUGCUCGAAACCGACGUCACUCCACGGGCUACCAGCGGCCCCCGGCGCCCCCCGUCUACGACUCCCACCAUUCCACUCCAGCCAAAUUCGCCCAAUUCGACACAGUUCAUCCCCGUUCGAAGUCCAACGAUGACGCCCUCCCACAAAUGCCAACCUGGGAUUCGGCCAAAACCCGUCGUGUCGAAGAAGUUUCCCCGCCGAGCGACGUGGAAAUGAACCGCCUGGACCCUGCCACGGGCCAGAACUUCAAACCCCAGAGCUUCAGCCGUCCCGUACGCUACAACAACAACACUAACAGCGGCGGCAAUAGUUACUACGACAGAACCCCGACGUCCUCCGCCUAUUCCCCCACCUUCGACGGCUACCGCGGCCCAGAAGCUACCACUCACCAGUCCCGCUCCCCUUCCCCAGGAAACCCCUUCGGUCAUGCCGACGCUAUAGGUAUCGCAACAAGCCAUCCCCCCACCCACCAGCAUCACCAAUACUUCCCGCCCAGAAGCCCAAGCCCGGAACCUGUUACUCCAUACCCUCCCUACACCGAAGUACCCACAGCAACAACCGCAAUAAUGCCAAACGCCAUGACAACACACACAACUAUGUCCCCGCCCCCAACACACCCCAGGGAAGCACUACAACGAUACCCACCAGCCCCGAUGCCCCAUCCCCCCUCCCCACCCGCCACCCGCUCAUACUCGCCCUACCCGCCCCCGCAACCCGUGCCGCAACUCCAACACCUACGCCAGCAUUCACCAACACAGUCGCCAACACAUCAAUCUCCGCGUUACCUCCCGCAACAGCAGGGUCAAAAUCAGGCAUACGCGCCCUACUCACCCGCUUCAUCUGUGCCCAACACCCCACCGCCACCCUUCUCGUCGACCCUGGGUGAUUACGAUCAAAUAUUGCCCGGCGCGCAGCAUGGGCAGUAUGGGACUGGCAUUGAUGCACCGCCACGGGAGCAGGCCCCGCCGAGUGCGUUACAGGUUGGGAGGGCGCCUCCGGGACCUAAGUCGUGGAGGGAUGUUUGAGUUGGAUUUUGUUUGAAAGGUGGACCAGGGAUGAAGUUGGUAAAUUGAGAAAAAUCUUGAGGUUUUGGUUUCGGUUUUGGUUUCUGGUCUCUGGCUUUUUCGUUUGGAUGAAAUGUUCGAUGUUACAUUGAGGAUAUGUUUUUAUUCCCCUACGUCCAUGCAUGCAUGUGCAUAGUAAAAUAUUUUCAAUAUUUUCUCCUUCCCUCUCAUCUUCCUUUUUUUUGUACACCAUAUUCUGACCUUCCCUUUUCUGCUUUCUUUCUUUGUUUGACAUAUUAAAAAAAAAAAUUAUUUUUACGUCUCUCAUGAGGGUGAAGUGAUUUGAUCAUUUUUUUCUGAAGAAAGUUUGCUCGCCUGGUGGUAAUUUAUACUGUGCCUUUC